AUGGAGAAUAGUGGAGGUGGUUCUUUUAUGAGGAAUAGGAGAUUGGAGAGCUUCUUGGAUACAAAUUCCUCUUCAACAGUGAAACAAGCCCCAAAGAUUUUGGUGAAAGAAGAGGUGGUAAAAAGUCCUAAGACUGAUGUUUAUGUUGAUGAUGAUGGGUGGAUUUCUGCAUUGAUAUCUUGUGUAAGGAUUGUGGUUUGUUUCUUGUCAAUGAUGGUCACAACAUUCAUAUGGUCCUUAAUCUUGCUCUUUCUCUUACCAUGGCCUUAUGAGAGGAUUAGGCAGGGAAAUAUUUAUGGACAUGUUACUGGUAGAAUGCUGUUGUGGAUCUUAGGGAAUCCUAUCAAGAUUGAAGGCACUGAAGUUUCAAAUGAGAGGGCCAUUUAUAUCUGUAAUCAUGCGUCUCCUAUAGACAUUUUCCUCGUGAUGUGGUUGGCUCCCACAGGCACUGUUGGCGUUGCAAAGAAAGAGAUCAUAUGGUACCCUUUGUUCGGACAACUUUAUGUAUUGGCAAAUCAUCUUCGAAUAGAUCGCUCCAACCCUACUGCAGCUAUUCAAUCUAUGAAAGAGGUAGCUCGUGCAGUAGUGAAAAACAACCUUUCACUCGUCAUUUUUCCUGAGGGAACUAGAUCAAAAAAUGGACGAUUGCUACCCUUUAAAAAGGGUUUUGUUCAUUUAGCAUUGCAAACACGCCUCCCAAUAGUUCCAGUGGUCUUUACAGGUGCCCAUCAUGCAUGGAGGAAAGGCAGCUUAAAUGUUCGGCCAGCGCCUAUAACAGUCAAGUAUCUCCAACCAAUAAAAACUGAUGAUUGGACAGAUGACAAGGUUGAUGACUACGUCAAACUGGUCCAUGACAUAUAUGUUGAAAACCUUCCAGAUGCUCAAAGGCCUCUUCAUUAG